AUGGCAAAAGGUGGAAAACUCUUGAAGCUAAAAUCAGCGCUCAAAAAAUGGAACUCGUUCGGAGGAAGACAGAACCGCCACAGCAUCAGCGCCGUCGCCGAUGAAGAAACCUCCUCCUCCUCCUUCAGAUCCGACCUGCACCCCGUCUUCGUUGGCAAGUCCCGCCGUCUCUACCGUGUCACCUCCGACGUUGUCGAUAACCCUGUCUUCCGUGAACUCAUCGAAAGGUCGCGUGAAACAGAACAGCAAAACGAUACCGUUAAUGUUGUCGCAUGCGAGGUUGUUCUUUUCGAACAUUUGUUAUGGAUGCUUGAAAAUGCUGAUCCUCAACCUGAGUCUCUUGAUGAACUUGUCGAUUUCUACGCUUGUUAG